AUGAAAGCCAGCCCCCGUCGGCCACUGAUUCUCAAAAGACGGAGGCUGCCCCUUCCUGUGCAGAAUGCCCCAGGUGAAGCAGCAGAAGAGGAGCCUAAGAGGUCUCCUGCCCAGCCAGAGGCUGGUCAAGGGCAGGGCUCCAAAGAAGAGCCUGAGUCCAACCCUUGCAGGUUUCCAGCUGGGAUCAAGAUUAUUAACCACCCCACCAUGCCCAACACCCAAGUGGUGGCCAUCCCCAACAAUGCCAACAUACAGAGCAUCAUCACAGCAUUGACUGCCAAAGGAAAAGAGAGUGGCAGCACUGGGCCCAACAAGUUCAUCCUCAUCAGCUGUGGGGGAGCCCCCACACACCCGCCAGGGUCCCAGCCUCAAGCACAAACCAGUAAUGACUCCAAGAGGGCAGCAGUGAUUCCUGAGCCGCUGGGGCCAAAGUCUGCAGCGAAGGAUGCGAACCGUAGACCACCUGGAGCCCUUCCUGGGCAGAGAUGGGAGAGCUGUGCUGGCGGUGAGGCAGCAGGUUGCACUCUCGACAGUAGCUUGACCAACAUCCAAUGGCUUGGAAAGAUGAGUUCUGACGGACUGGGCUCCUGCGGCGUCAAGCAAGAGGUGGAGGAGAAGGAGAACCAGCACCUGGAGCAGAGUCAGGUGAAGGUUGAAGAGCCCCCAGGCUCAUCCACAUCCUGGCAGGACUCGGUGUCCGAGCGGCCCCCCUACUCUUACAUGGCCAUGAUACAGUUCGCCAUCAACAGCACAGAGAGGAAGCGCAUGACCUUGAAGGACAUCUACACGUGGAUCGAGGACCACUUCCCCUAUUUUAAGCACAUUGCCAAGCCGGGCUGGAAGAAUUCCAUCCGCCACAACCUUUCUCUCCACGACAUGUUCGUUCGGGAGACAUCUGCCAACGGUAAAGUGUCCUUUUGGACCAUACACCCCAGCGCCAAUCGCUACUUGACACUGGACCAGGUGUUUAAGCCACUGGACCCAGUGUCUCCACAAUCGCCCGAGCACUUGCAAUCACAGCAGAAACGGCCCAAUCCUGAGCUCCGCCGGAACGUGACCAUCAAAACUGAACUCCCACUGGGCGCACGGCGGAAGAUGAAGCCACUGCUACCAAGGGUCAGCUCGUACCUGGUGCCCAUCCAGUUCCCAGUGAACCAGUCUCUGGUGUUACAGCCCUCGGUAAAGGUGCCGCUGCCUCUGGCGGCUUCCCUCAUGAGCUCAGAGCUUGCCCGCCAUAGCAAGCGGGUCCGUAUUGCCCCCAAGGUGCUGUUGGCUGAUGAGGGCAUUGCCCCUCUGGUCGCCCCAGGGUCAGUGAAGGAGGAGAAGCUCCUGCCUGGAGAAGAGCUGUCUUCGCUGCUUCCAGUUCAGUCCAUCAAGGAGGAAGAAAUCCAGCCCGGGGAAGAAAUGCCACACACGGGGAGGCCCAUCAAAGUGGAGAGCCCGCCCCUAGAAGAGUGGCCCUCGCCCUGCCCUUCGGUCCAGGAGGAACUGUCUUGCUCCUGGGAGGAUCUGGCCCACUCUCCCACUCCCGGGCCCAAGAAGUCCCACUGUGGGCUCAGGUCGCCCACCCGCUGUGUCUCUGAAAUGCUCGUCAUCAAGCGGAGGCAGAGGCGGGAGAUGAGCCGGUCUCGAAGGAAGCAGCAUCUGCGGCCACCCUGUCUGGACGAGCCUGAGCUGCUCUUCUCCGAGGGCCCCGGGCCGCCCCGGCCGGCUGCAGAGCUCGUCCUUGCUGCCGCAUCCUCCGAGCCUGCCUCUCAGCGUGGCUGCGCCCAGGAGGGGGGGCCCUUCAAGACACCCAUAAAGGAGACGCUGCCCAUCUCCUCCACCCCCAGCAAGUCUGUCCUCCCCGUGACCCCUGAAUCCUGGGGGCUCACACCCCCAACCAAAGUGGGGGAGCUAGAUUUCAGCCCAGUACGAACCCCCCAGGGUGCCUUUGGCCCCCUGCCUGACUCCCUGGGGCUGACGGAGCUCAGCACCACCCCGCUGAAAAACAUCCCCCUCUUUGACUCACCCCGAGAGCUCCUCAACUCCGAGCCCUUUGACCUCACCUCUGACCCCUUCAGCAGUUGUUCCCCCUCAAAUAUGGAAGUCGCCAAGCCAGACUCCCCCGAACCACAGGUCACCAGCCUCUCAGCCAACCGUUCUCUGACAGAAGGCCUGGUUCUGGACACAAUGAAUGACAGCCUCAGCAAGAUCCUGCUGGACAUCAGCUUCCCUGGCCUGGAGGAGGACCUGCUGGGCCCCGACAACGUCAGCUGGGCCCAGUUCAUGCCCGAGCUGCGGUAGAGAUGCGGCCUUCCCCUUGCCGCUCAAGCCGUCCGUGCCAGGCGCUCGUGUGACA